CAUCCCUGAGCCUAUUGGUUCGUUUGGUCUUUACACGCGUUGACGCGACACUCAGCUGAAUGAAACAGAGAUGGAGACAGCCUAAUCUGGUUACAUCCUACGGAGACAAUUAGACGCGUUAUGGAUUGAUGGCCAACGAUUUCGUUAACUCCAGACACAUGAGAGGAAAAAAAUACGUAGCCUAUUGCCCUCAGUUGUGGGGCUCCUACGAAGAGAGCUCCGAAUUUCUGUGGAAGUUUUGGGAAAGUAGCCUAGUUAUUCUGGACCUGAGGUGGAAGCCGAGUGGGUGCGCAACCGGGUUCCAACAGUCCACUCUUCCCGGACUCAGCUACUAAGAGAUAUGAUCCGACACUGCAUAGGAUAGGCGACCUCCUCCAGUAACGGAUACCUUAGUCUUGACCGAGGAGCCCCCAUUUCGAGGAAUAGCAGAUCCAUUGUUUGGCUUGUGACCGCGGGAGAGUGGAGCGAGACGCAGCACUGGAGAGCGUGGGGAGCGGGGCUGUGUUGGUGCAGAUACCGGCGCUGCUGCGGGACAGUAUGGCUGCGGGGAAAAGCACAGAGAAAGCGUCGUUGUUACAAAAUGAGCGACUUCGGCUUCUUGUUUGUUUUAUAGGGGUAUUUAUUUGUUAUUUCUACUAUGGGAUUUUACAGGAGACAAUUACGAGGGGCGUCUACCGACAGGGGGAUAAGGAGGAAAAGUUCACAUACGCCACAACCCUCGUCUGCAUUCAGUGCAUCAUCAACGCCUGCUUUGCCAAGAUCUUGAUCCAGUUCUUUGAGCAUUCCAACCCUGAUCACACCAGGAGCUGGCUCUAUGGUGUGUGCUCCCUCUCCUACUUGGGAGCCAUGGUGUCCAGCAACUCUGCUCUGCAAUAUGUAAACUAUCCAACCCAGGUGCUGGGGAAAUCCUGUAAGCCCAUCCCAGUGAUGCUCCUGGGAGUGACGAUCCUGAGGAAGAAGUACCCACUGUCCAAAUACCUGUGUGUGCUGCUGAUUGUGAGCGGGGUGGCGCUCUUCAUGUACAAACCAAAGAAGGGCGUGGCCUCUGAUGAUGAGCACCUCUUUGGCUUUGGGGAAAUGCUGCUGCUGCUUUCCCUGACCCUGGAUGGGCUAACAGGUGUGGCUCAAGACCACAUGCGGGCACACUAUCAGACCGGCUCCAACCACAUGAUGCUUUACAUUAACUUGUGGUCCACCUUUGUGCUGGGACUUGGAGCACUGUGGUCCGGGGAGGUGUGGGAGUUCCUCAGCUUUGCUGACCGCUAUCCCAGCAUCCUCUACAACAUCUUUCUGUUCAGCCUCACCAGUGCUUUAGGCCAGAGUUUCAUCUUUAUGACAGUGGUGUACUUUGGGCCUCUUACCUGCUCCAUCGUCACGACCACACGCAAGUUCUUCACCAUCCUCGGUUCUGUAAUCCUCUUUGGGAACGUCAUGAGCGGCAUGCAGUGGGUCGGCACCGUCCUGGUGUUCUUGGGUCUGGGACUGGAUGCAAGAUUUGGGAAGGUGGCCAAAAAAACAACGCACUAGAAGUGAGAUCAUGUGACUGUGCAUCGUCGGGCUGCAGAGUCGCCGCUCCUGUCUCCGUUCUGAUGAGAUGCCCCACCUCAGACCUGCUCAAGCUGCCAACUAUCUCCUGCUUCAUUUUUCCUCUACAGUCAUUGCAGGGCCAAAUCUCUCUUGGUUGCUUGUAGCUGUCCUGGUGCUCAGAGAUGGCUUAAAGUGCUGGGUUAUAGAACCUUUCCAUGCUCCAAACUAGGUAGUGUACAUUAUACCUUUGUUUGUUUGUAAAAAUCAUAUGUGCCCGAAAUUGAACUUUUAUUUAACAAAAAAUCAAGGGCAACCAAUGGGAGAGCAAGAAUGGAUGCAAAGAGGCAAAUGGGCUACACCUGAAACAGCAACAGGAAUUAAAAUAGGCACACUGCUAUAUUGCAUUCCAGCUACAGAUGUAGUUCAUAAUUCCAAAGGUUAAAGCAGGAACAGAAAAUAAUGGGGAAAAAAAACUUUAUUUGACUUCCUAAGGUAAACAUAUUAUACACACGGCCAGUUGUAGGUCCAGUGGCCCAUGCAACUCCAUGCAUAUUCAUAGAGAGGCUGUCAGUGAUCUAUUUACACAAGGAAUAACUUACCUAAACUCUAUAAAUAUGCAUUUGUUUGAUAUCAACAAUGUUUUCUGAUUUUUAAAAACCAUUUUAUUUAUCUUACUUCACUGAUCAAGUGUAGCCAAAGUUAAAUUAUUUGCAAUUAUUUGUAAGAAAUAGUGAAAAUUGUUUUUUUU